GGCACUUUAAAUCCCCGAGGAUGUUGACACAUGUGGACCAACAGUGACAUCCUUUUCCAGCAAUGCUGUCUUUACUCCCUCCUGCAUUCAGAAGCAUCUAGAGAGAUAUUUUGCAGAAGGGAUCCUCGAUGCAUUUCCCUGCCAUUAUUUAGGGAGCCUUCACUAAAAUCUUCUGGAUUGUGUUUCUGAGGGGACGGAAGGUUUCGGUGUCCAAAAUGCUCAUAAAGGAAUAUCGGAUCCCUCUCCCGAUGAGCGUGGAGGAAUAUCGGAUCGCCCAGCUCUACAUGAUCCAGAAAAAGAGCAGAGAGGAGACAUGUGGGGAAGGCAGCGGGGUGGAGAUCCUGGAGAACAGGCCCUACGUGGACGGGCCAGGAGGCAACGGGCAGUACACUCACAAGGUGUAUCACAUCGGCAUGCACAUCCCCAGCUGGUUCCGCUCCAUCCUGCCCAAGGCGGCUCUGCGAGUCGAAGAGGAGUCGUGGAAUGCUUAUCCUUACACAAGGACCAGGUACACGUGUCCUUUCGUGGAGAAGUUCUCUAUCGAUAUUGAGACGUACUACAAAACCGAUCCAGGAGACCACGGCAACGUGUUCAACCUUUCUCCUGCAGAAAAAAGGCAAACUAUUUUAGAUCCUAUUGAUAUUGUUAAGGAUCCCAUCCCUCCACAUGAAUACAAAGCUGAGGAGGAUCCAAAGCUGUAUAAAUCAGUGAAGACUAAAAGAGGGCCCCUCUCAGAAGAUUGGAUUCAGGAGUACAAGAACAACCCUGGGAAAUACCCCAUCAUGUGUGCAUACAAACUGUGUAAAGUGGAGUUCAGAUACUGGGGGAUGCAGUCAAAGAUCGAGCGGUUUAUCCACGAUGUUGGCCUGCGGAAGGUGAUGGUGCGAGCCCACCGGCAGGCGUGGUGCUGGCAGGACGAGUGGUACGGGCUCACCAUCGAGGACAUCCGGCGGCUGGAGAAGGAGGCCCAGCUGAUGCUGGCCCAGAAGAUGGCCCAGUUCUGCAGCGAAAGUGACCCCGAGCAGCACGGUGUCAAGGACACCCCUGGGGAGAAGGAGGUGGAAGCCAACACAGUUUCAUCUGCUGACACUGAGGAUUCUGCUGCCAACAGCGAGCCAGCCUCUGGGAGGUCGCUCACCAAGCAGUGGUCAACCUCUUCCAAGUCCUCACGGUCUUCAAAGAGGGGAGCAAGCCCCUCGCGCCAUAGUAUCUCCGAGUGGAGGAUGCAGAGCAUUGCCAGGGAUUCAGAUGACAGCUCAGAUGAUGAAUUCUUUGAUGCACAUGAGGACUUGUCUGACAAUGAGGAAAUGUUCCCGAAAGAAAUAACCAAAUGGAGUUCCAAUGAUCUGAUGGAUAAAAUUGAAACCCCCGAAUGCGAUGAUGUCCAGGGUGACUUGUACCAGGAGACAUCAGCAGAGUACCACGUUGGCUCCAGCGUGGAGAGGCUCAGCAUCAUCGAAGAUGAAUCGGUGCAGCCAUUAAUGCAACCCAGUAAAAUCCACGUCCUCCUCUUGGUGCUGCACGGAGGGAACAUCCUGGACUCAGGAAGUGGUGACCAGAGCUCCAAGCAAGGGGAUGUCAACACCAUCACGACAGUGUUUGACACAGUGAUGAGGGUGCAUUACCCAGCUGCUCUUGGCCACAUUGCCAUCAAGCUUGUCCCCUGCCCGGCCAUCUGCUCCGAAGCAUUUUCCCUGGUGUCCAGCCUCAGCCCGUACAGUUAUGAUGAAGGCUGCCUGUCCAACAGCCAGGAUCACAUUCCCCUCGCUGCACUCCCUCUGUUGGCAACAUCCUCCCCUCAGUACCAAGAAGCAGUGGCCACAGUCAUUGUCAGAGCCAACCAGGCCUACAGUGAGUUCAUCAGAUCCCAGGAGGGCACAUCAUUCAAUGGCCAGGUCUGCUUGGUAGGGGACUGUGUUGGAGGAAUCCUGGGAUUUGAUGCCUUAUGCUACAGCAAUCAGACCGUGUCCGAGAGCCAGAACAGCAGCCGGCGAGGAAGCGUUGUGAGUGUCCAGGAUACGGACCUUCUGUCUCCUGGAAUAACGGUGAACAACAGCUAUUGUUCCGGUGGCUCUAAUCUGGAAGCCAGCAGACACCUCAGCAGGAGCAACAUUGACAUUCCUCGUAGCAACGGAGAAGAUCCAAAGAAGCAGCUGCCACGGAAAAGGAGUGAUUCAUCAACCUACGAACUGGACACGAUAAAGCAGCAUCAAGCCUUUCUCUCAAGUUUACAUUCCAGUGUCCUGAGAAACGACCCCAGCUCCAGGCGAUCGAGUAGUUCCACAAUGUUGGAUGGAGGAAAUAUUGGGAAGUUCGAAUUUGAGAUCACAGACUUCUUCCUCUUUGGUUCUCCCUUGGGCCUGGUUCUUGCCCUGCGAAAAACUGUAAUUCCUGCUCUUGACAUCUUUCAGCUCAGACCAGCUUGUCAGCAGGUCUAUAACCUGUUCCACCCUGCAGACCCAUCUGCUUCACGCCUCGAGCCUCUUCUGGAGAAGAAGUUCUACCUUUUGCCCCCCUUUAAUAUUCCCCGGUACCAGAGGUUCCCACUGGGCGAUGGCAAUUCUGCUGUUUUGGUUGAGACAAUCCAGAACAAUCCCAUCCUCCUCAUGGAAAGUAGCCCUCUGGGUGCUCUCCAGCACCAGGACAGCUUCAUGGAAACAAGUAUCCCCGUUCCCGUACUGAAUUGGCAAGAUGUUCCCAAUAAAAGUGCUGGUUUUGCUGAGUCAGAUGUUGUUCAGUCUCAUGGUGCCGUCUUCGUGGAAAACGCGUCCCUGUCCACCCCCAUUUCAGCCCCUCAGUUCAGGGGCUUCCGGAGAGCCAGUGAGAUCAGCAUUGCCAGCCAGGUCUCAGGAAUGGCAGACAGUUACACUGCUUCCAACAUAGCCAACAUUGCUGCCAAGUGGUGGGGAACCAAACGGAUCGACUACGCCCUGUACUGCCCCGACGCCCUGACGGCUUUCCCAACAGUGGCCUUGCCUCACCUCUUCCAUGCAAGCUACUGGGAGUCCACAGACGUCGUCUCCUUCCUGCUCAGACAGGUGAUGAGACACGAGAACUCGAGCGUUCUGGAGCUGGAUGGGAAGGAGGUGUCUGUGUUCACCCCCUCCAAGCCCCGGGAGAAGUGGCUCCGCAAGAGGACACACGUGAAGCUCCGGAACGUCACAGCCAACCACAGGAUAAACGACACCAUCGCUAACGAAGAUGGGCCCCAGACCCUGACGGGGAGGUUCAUGUACGGCCCGUUGGACAUGGUCACGCUCACGGGAGAGAAGGUGGACAUUCACAUCAUGACCCAGCCGCCCUCGGGAGAGUGGGUUUACUUUGACACAGAGAUCAGCAACAGCAGUGGCAGGAUUUCCUACGUCAUCCCCGAGAACCGGCGCCUGGGCAUCGGCGUGUACCCCGUCAAGAUGGUGGUUAGGGGUGACCACACGUUUGCAGACAGCUACAUCACGGUCCUGCCCAAGGGGACGGAGUUCGUGGUGUUCAGCAUCGACGGCUCCUUCGCAGCCAGCGUGUCCAUCAUGGGCAGCGACCCCAAAGUCCGGGCUGGAGCAGUGGAUGUUGUAAGGCACUGGCAAGACCUCGGCUACCUCAUUAUCUAUGUCACAGGCCGCCCUGACAUGCAGAAGCAGAGGGUGGUAGCAUGGUUAGCACAGCACAACUUCCCCCACGGGAUCGUCUCCUUCUGCGAUGGGCUCGUCCACGACCCGCUGCGGCACAAGGCCAACUUCCUGAAAUCCCUCAUCACCGACCUCCACAUGAGGAUCCACGCGGCGUACGGAUCCACGAAGGACAUCUCCGUGUACAGCUCCAUCGGCCUCCCGCCCACGCACAUCUACAUCGUUGGCAGGCCCACCAAGAAGCUGCAGAGCCAGUGUCAGUUCAUCACGGAGGGUUACGCGGCCCACCUGGCGCAGCUGGAGUACAACCACCGCGCGCGCCCCGCCAAGAACACCACGCGCAUGGCCCUGCGCAAGGGCAGCUUCGGGCUGCCCAGCCAGGCCGAGUUCCUGCGCAAGAGGAACCACCUGCUCCGCACCAUCUCCUCCCAGCCUUCGGCCGGCGGCCACCGCCCCGAGCGCACCCAGAGCCAGUCCGACAGCGACAAGGACAGGGACAGGGAGCGCAGCCAGCGGAGCAUGAGCAUCGCCACGGGGUGCUGGGGCCGGAGCGCCGCGUCCCGGCUGGAGUCUGGCCUCUUGGGGCAGAAGUAGCCAGGCCAGAGCCAGGAUUGACAGCUGCAGCCACCGGAGGAGAAAACAAAAGGAAAGAGGGACGAGGUCGCCGUUUCGGGCUGGAAGGGUAAAUAUGGUGCUACUCCAAUAACAUCGUGGUGUUCUGGGAAGAGACGGGAUGUUUCCCGCGCAGAACGUGCAGGCCUUGCAGCGAGAGCGUCGGGUUUGUGCAGCAGGAGCCCAAGGAACAGCUGGAAAUCGGGGAGGUGAUGUCUCCAGAUCAAGAGGGCGCUCUCUCCUGCCUCCUUCUCUUAUCCAGGUUUAGUGACUGUAAAUACGUGCCUCCUCGCCUUGUUAGCCAUCGCUCCGAUCCGCGCGACCGAGUGCUGUCCUCAGAGCCACACAGCAGGGCGUGGGGCUGGGCAACCUUGUCCUUGGCUGUGCCAGGAGUCAGACUGAGGGGCUCUGCCAGCACGGGGCAGGCUGGGGGUCGAUAACACAGGAUCGAUGGUGGGCUGUGCCAGGCAGGGUGACCGGGAGCUUUAUCGGUACAAAGAGCUCCGAGGGCAGCCGCUUUCUCAAGGAGUUGGUGCAGUGCAAAGCUAAAGCUCUGUCGAUGCUGUUGGCAGAGGCAGAAUGUCGGCAGAUUCGUGCCCAAGACAGCGGGGUCGUUACUGUUAUUACUGUUAUUUUUUAAAGAGACCUUUGAGAAGCUGAUGGAAUUUAAUGUGGUGACCUAUUAAAAGAGGAAUACAAGCUACUUUGUUUGAGCUGUUACAAACCUCAGACACUUAAUUUGCUGUUAAAAGUCUCCAAGUAGUCUCGCUGUAUAUUGUUUCCAACAGUAACCACCAUAUAUUUGGAAGCAGCUGAAGGCACUCAGCUAGAUUGCAUUGCAGUUCUUCUCAUCCAAAUGCAGGGUCUGACUCUCUCAACACCCACCUCUGAGACGUUUUCUUCUUCCCAGGUUCUCUCCAAGUUCAGUAGCAGCUUUCAUGGGAACUAGACUCGCUUCUUUUACCUAUAGUUACUGAACUGUCAAACCUCAUUGUUUUUUGCACUGAUGAUUUUUAGAAUGGAAACCUGUUACCAUCUCAUGUAGCUACACCGGUGUUUGUAGUGCAUGACAAUGAAAUAUUGCUAAGCCAGGGUGUGCGUGUAUAUCUAUAUGCACACACACACAUAUAUAUAUAUAUGUAUAUAUUUAAAAAAAACAAUCUGUGCAGAAGUUUUUCCAGCAGUAAGGAGACUAUAAGGAAGUGUGCCAGCAAUGUCAGGCAACCUUAAGAAAAGGCCAUAUCUUAAUUUUCCCGGUGUGUUUCUCAGUGGACGUGCCUGAGGCGAUGGUUUUGUGCUGCUGGAGCGGGCGGGUGGGGUGCGUGGCUGAGGGCAGCUGGCACCCGGUGCCACCGAGACAGGGACAGAGAACAGUGCCUAGAGCCAGGGCUUGCCAAAAAGCCCCUUAGUCCUGUCCCCCCUGGGGCCAGUGAAGGUUCCCUCCUCGCACACAGCUCCCGGGGCAGAGGGGCACCCACACCAGGGGGUCCCCACAGACUCCAGUUAGCCUCUUCACGUGGAGAUUUUAUAGUCCUACCUGACUAUGUGUAACCCCUGCUUUUCCCCACCACACUUCCCUGUCUUUAUAUCACUUUCUACUUAUGAAGAUCUUAUUUAUAACAGAGAAUUUUUUAGACUGGCUGCUUCAUUUUAUUACCUGUUUCAAUAAGAAGUGCAGGACGGCCGCACUGAGAUACACAGCACUGUGAACACUGCUCUGCUCACUGGCUCUGGGCCACGGUAGGCAAAUCCCAACUCAUCCGACACCCAAGGUCGAUCUCGUGUGUUCGUGGCGCUGGAGGGUCCGAGGGAGGCAGAGGAAGGGCAGUGCUGAUCCAACCCGACUGCCGCCCGCCCAGUGCGUCCCCCACGUCUUGCAGCCCGACUGCAAAAUGUGUAACCGCUUCUCUUUGAUAAUUAUCCAGUUACAGAAUGUACCUGAUGACUUUUGUUACCGAAAACUGACUUCCCUUUUCUGCCGGCUCAGCUUGGCUCUCUCCGAAUGCACAUCCAGAGCUUACUGGGCUCGAAAACAAUGUGAAGUGUCCCAGCUUUUUGCUAGCCGAAUGUUCUAUCAAACAGAUGCCAUCCGAGUAGGAAGCCAAGCCACAAUCCAUCCUGUGAAGUCACCAAACCACAUCACUUAAUCAUUUCUGCAAAUUUGGAUAUGGCCUUUGCAAACAUCACCUUUUCCUCCAAGUCCACAACCAAGGCAUGAUCUGUACAUUUUCCAGUGUUGAUGAGAUGUUCACAUUUUCUUAUGUGUAGAUAGUGUAAAACAGAGGCGAAUGUAAAUGUUCAACAUAAAAAGUGGAUAUAUAAAACUGAAAGUUAUUUAUUUAUGUAGAUGGGGAAAAAAAAAAAUGUCUGGAGGGACUGGAACCUUCAGGGUUUAUUAAUAUUUAAAAAUGUAGCUUUUUGUUUCAGGCAUUAUGUACAAAGCAAUUAUUUUAUGGACCAAGUUUAAUGUAACUGUCAAUGAAUGCAGAAGUGCAAUAUGAUACUCACCUCUCCAUCACUUCAUGUUUUAAGCAGCUACUACCCAGUUAGCCUGACAAUCAUAUAACACCUCCGUCCUCAUCCUUUGUUGAGCUUCUUGAACCUUGCCCGGGUCCUUUCCCUGGCCCCCCCAUCCGCUGCCAUUGUACGGAUCCAACACGGAGAAGCAAUUGUAGAGCAGGACCUUUAUUGCUGCAAUAAUACCAGAGGAGGUGGGUGUAGUUACCAGGAAAAAUGCCAAUAAGUUUUUCUUCACCUUUUCAGUCCAUCCCUGUCUCCAUCGCUCUGUCCUCAGCCGCCCCCAUCUGGCACUCGUCCUUCUGAAGCAAAGAUCAACGUGCUACUCACUCAGAACAAUAGCAAUAGUUUAACUCUGUGUUUAUAACCUGUUUGUUCCGAGCUGUUUUGGGGAGCAAUGCAUGUGACCCGAUGCCUUUCCACAUGUAUGGAAGAGGAUCCGUUGGGAUGCGGUGAGGGGAAAAGAUGAAUGUAUGUUCCAUCCUUACUAAAGGGGCACUGUCAGGUUAAAGACCUAAUUUAUCUUUGUUACCAAUAACUUGUUUGCUUUGAAAUGGAAGAAUAUGAAGUUCCUCGUGCUCCUCCCUCGGCCGUGGUCCGGGCAGCCCCCGGCACAGCCCACGUCCUGUUCUGCACACAGCACAACACAACCUGCACCACACAGGCUGCCUCGGGCUUUGGGGUUGGUUUUUCGUUUCCAUGGGAAUCAAACUCUGCUGCAGAGCUCAGAUUUUUUAUAAAAAAAGCAGCUUUUUCUAUUCCUGCGCUCUCGGGCCAGACUUUCUACCUGACGCUGUCCCUUUAAAGUCUUUUCACGCCCGUCAGAGGAGCCCGUGCGUUCCCUCCGAGCUGUUUCCCUGGGUUUGCUCAGAUCACUCAAGUCAGAUGAGGCGAAAUUCUCACACCAAAAACCGUUUACAGUGUUGGAUCGUGAGCAGUAACGAGCCAAAGGGUCACCAACACCCUCCCACCCGCCCAGCAGCCGCCGUGCUUGCUGUAGCAGCCCCUUCUUCAGGUAUCGCCACUGUUUGCUGCAUUUCCUAUUAGUUCUAGAAGCCUUACGGUCCCCUCCCCUCUGCCUGUUGAUACCCUCGACUGUCAAUUUUAUAUUCUGACGAUGUUAGUUAUAUUUUAUUUAUAAAAAAUGGCUUUAGGGGUACCAGCCCUGCGUGGGGAGCCACCGGAGGGGAUGCCCGACCCUGUGUGUACAGUCACCGUGCCGACGACCCGCUUGUGUGUGGCAAACCUUCUGUACAACUUCCUUCUCCUCCUUGCUGUUAGUGCAUCGUUCCAAUGCCUGGUGUGCUUUGUGUACAGUAUCAUUGUGAGUUACACAGAUUAAAGAAACGGGAAGGCUC